GAGCGAGAGCUCGGAUUCGACAAACGAUGAAACCGACGAGGAGGACUGGGCUGCUAUCGGUGUCGAUGCGUUGCGGAAGGCUUCAUUGCCCACUUCCAACGUCAACCGCCCAGCCUAUCGCAAAGUCAGCGUUCCUUACACCGGACGUUUUGUCUCAAAGAGCUGGACUCGUCCACCAUCAGUGCCCGUUGACCGGACCUCUCAACAGGUAUCGCAAUCUUUUGGCGGCAACCAUGGCAUCCAUCCCGCUAUGCAAUCGCCGGAGGAACGGGCUGCCGUGGCAGCCUUAAUGAGCAUGGGCAGCAUGUGAGCUUAGUCUCAUUGGAGUUUUUCUUUUUUGGAGUUUUUAUGGGUCCCACGAGUCAAGUCGACGACCUCUUUUUCAUGAACGACACUGGGCACCGGUCUUCGCAAGUCAAGUGCUGACGGAAGAUUCUCGGAUUGACACGGGUGGCGUUCUUUCUCUCUCACAUCACAUCUCUCAUCGACCUUUUCCUCUUGGACAGAUACCCAAUUUGUUUUACUGGCAUCACGAAUUUCGGAAUUCUCUGGGAACACUGGACCAGAGACCGACACUGGGCACCAGCCUUCGCCACGUCAAGUGCUGACGGAGCGAGGGUCCUGGAUUGACAUUGGGUGGCGGCAUUUCGAAAUGAACAACAUCAACGACAUUUACCACAACGACGAACACAAACACACACCACACUGGCCAUUGGCGGCCCACAACAUAUUACGACUUCACUUCUCUCUGAAGAGCCUAUCGCCCGCAUGGACGAAAGUCGCGAAUGAAUGGCUUUUCAACACAGUUCACAUUUAUCAGCCUCAGCAAGAUAACUCUGGAUAAACGAUGAUAAUCUUGAGCUCCCGCCGAAUGGUUGAGCUCGAUGGAGUGACUUCCAAUCUGACUUGCUUGUUCCUGCAUUGGAGUUGGCUCGGGCUUUGGUUGUAGGGAAACGGGGGAUGAUGCUGGAUUGCUUUACCAAAAAGCAAAAUGCGGAUUUCAACACUACUCGGAGGCUGAACGACUGUUUUUCUUCUCGAUUGAGAAACAGCUGGUCUCUCGCACGCCUGGCGCUGCGGCUGGUCUGUGUCCUCUUCAAUGAAGGUACGCGCGGCUAUUAGUCAGAGCAGAGACAGCAAUUGUAUGUAUUUGACAGUACUGCUUUAAUCAAAUUUGGUUCUUGCAGGCCAAAAACACCUCGAUCAU